UACACUGACUGACAGAGAACGGAGCGCUAGAAACUUUUCAGAAAGCACAGAUUAUCUCAAAGUGUUUGCAUCUAAAAUGGUAUCGAUUAAACGGUUGACAUCUCUGUUCUCUGUGUCUUGGGAGCAGACGCUCAUAUGUCUGGGCAGUUUGUUCGUUACACUCUUCAUUUUGCUGGUAAUUCGCCAGCUCGUAAAGCAGCGGAGACCCCGAGGGUUUCCCCCUGGACCGACACCUUUACCCAUGAUAGGGAAUAUUCUGUCCCUAGCCACAGAGCCUCACGUCUACAUGAAGAGGCAGAGUGAUAUCCACGGACAGAUUUUCAGUCUAGACCUGGGAGGAAUCUCGACUGUUAUUCUAAAUGGUUAUGAUGCCAUUAAAGAGUGCCUAUAUCACCAAAGUGAGGUUUUUGCAGAUCGUCCAUCCCUCCCUUUAUUUCAGAAGAUGACAAAAAUGGGAGGCCUUCUGAACUGCAAAUACGGUCGAGGCUGGAUUGAACACCACAAACUGGCCGUGAACUGCUUCCGCUUCUUUGGCAGCGGUCAGCGGAUGUUUGGGAGGAUUUCUGAGGAGUGCCUGUUUUUUCUCCAUGCCAUUGACCAGCAUCAGGGGAAGCCCUUUAACCCUAAGCAUCUCGUGACCAAUGCCGUGUCCAACAUCACCAACCUCAUUAUCUUCGGACAACGUUUCACCUACGAUGACAGUGAUUUUCAACACAUGAUUGAGAUCUUCAGCGAGAAUGUGGAGCUGGCAGCCAGUGGCUGGGCUUUCCUGUACAACGCCUUCCCCUGGAUGGAGUACGUGCCCUUCGGGAAGCACCAAAAGCUCUUCCGCAACGCCAACAAGGUCUACGACUUCCUUCUGCAAAUCAUCAAGCGCUUCUCGCAGGAUAGGGUACCCCAGUCACCGCAGCAUUACAUUGAUGCUUACUUGGACGAAAUGGAGCAGAGCGCCACCGAUAAAGCUACAUCUUUCUCUCAAGAUAAUCUCAUUUUCUCUGUUGGAGAACUCAUCAUUGCGGGAACAGAGACUACCACAAAUUGUCUGCGCUGGGCUAUGCUCUAUAUGGCUCUGUAUCCCAGGAUACAAGAAAAGGUCCAAAUGGAGAUCGAUUGCAUCCUGAAUGGCAGACCACCUGCUCUUGAAGACAAGCAGAGGAUGCCGUAUGUGGAAGCAGUGCUGCAUGAAGUCCUGCGCUUUUGCAAUGUCGUCCCACUGGGCAUCUUCCGCGCUACGUCUCAAGAUGCGGUGGUGCGUGGCUACACUAUCCCCAGGGGCACCAUGGUCAUCACUAACUUGUACUCGGUGCAUUUUGAUGAGAAGUACUGGAGUGACCCAUCCAUCUUCUGCCCAGAGCGGUUCCUUGACUGUAAUGGCAAAUUUGUCCGGCAUGAAGCGUUUCUUCCUUUCUCCAUAGGUAAGCGGCACUGUCUGGGAGAGCAGUUGGCCAGACUGGAGAUGUUCUUGUUCUUCACCACGUUGCUCCAGAGGUUCCAUCUUCAGUUCCCCGAAGGCUUUAUUCCAAGCCUCUCUCCGAAACUAGGCAUGACACUUCAGCCUCGACCGUACUCCAUAUGUGCCAUCAGGAGACAGCAGUAAAUCUUGCCCCAUGAGCUCUGGAACACAUGCACUCACCUCAGGGGAUCCUACUAAGAAACGCAAACGGCAGAGCAGUUCCCUGUCUUAAAUUCCAUCAGCGGGGAAUACUGACCUCUGAUAUUGACUUGUUAAAUUCUCAGAACGUGUCCUCCAUAGUUUCACAGAACCCAGCCUGAGAGUGAUAAGAGUACUGCUACAGAACACAUGCUCGGGAGAGCAAAGAAUGAGCACAUGUGUGUUACCCAACGAGAAUGUACAUGAGGGUAUCAAGAUAAAUGUAGCAUGUAUCUUUCAUAACUUGAACCAAUAAGUGUACUGUGUAGCAAACCGAACGUUGUGCUUGUCAAUAUGAGAAGAGCUUUUGUGUCAGUGAUUGACAGGGUUUAACUCUAUAAUGAUUUUGAGGUCUGUCUUUUCCAGCAUUCCUUGAAUUCCCCCAUUUCUGGAGUCGGGCAAGUGAGAGGAGAACAGUUCCCUUUCCCAGAAAGUUUUGGAAAUGCUUCAUGACUCCCAUUGGUUUAAUGCCAUAUAUCAUUUCUGCAAUAACGGCCCUGUCCCUAGUUUAUCUCCGUGGAAAGAGACUGUCGUGAAACUUGAGCUGCAAUAUUUCUGACAGAAAAAAAAUGGUGCUUUCAUGAAAAGCUGGACUCCAAUAUACAUUUUAUAGCUCAAUAUUAUUUUUAGUUCACUUUUAACAAGUUUAUUUUUGCAUGUUGUGAUAAAAAAAAAAGAAAAACCUGACAAAAAAUUGUAUACAAUAAAGACAAAAUAAGCCUUAAUUUUGCGAGUUCCUAAGCUUUCUGUCUGCGACCUCUUUCAACUGUGCUGGAAUUUUCCAAAGCCAAUUAUACACCAUAUAAAGCUGGAAAAAGGAGCAUAUAGAUAGAAACCUCAAGAUUUCCUGAGUGACUCGUGUAGUUGUACCAGUUGGUUUGGCACAUAUCAAAAAUGAAUGAUUUUCAAUGGCAUUUUUUUUUUUUUUUUGCUCUGCUAAGUGUUUGUUGAUUGUGAACCUAUGUAAUAUCUUAUUUUGCUUCUGCAGUGCCUUCAAAGCCCCCAUGUUGUCACUGUAAAAACAUUUACAGGCUAAAAAAAUCUUUCCGGUCUGUGUCGUCUAAACUGCACAGGACCGGAAAACUCAUUUAAAAGUGGAGCGACGGGUAGGGGCAUUGUUGCUUUGGGUAAGCUGUCACAGAGAUGCUGUCAUCUGAAGAGAUAAGGCUGGCCUUUCAUACGACCCACACUUGGGGACUCGUCAUCCGCCGACUGUCAUCUUACAGGCAGUUCCUCCCAGGAGAACACUUGGGCUUUCAUCUGAGCACGAAGGAAACAUGCAACUCGAUGAUGCUCAGUAGCACUCUUAGAUAAUGUCAAAAACAUGUUGCAUCAUAGAGAUAAUUCUGAAGGGUGAAGACAUUCUGCUUGUGUUUGGACAUCUCUUAAUAGGUGAAAGGUCAUACCUGGAUAAUGUGGUUUGCGCAAGUAUUAUGAUUCUACUAUUAACAAGACCAGGGGUUUUCAAAUGUUUUGAUGGCAAGGAUACCCAACAAUUUUGAUCCCUUAGGGACCCUGAGAAUUUUUCAUGUAUACAAAA